AUGGCCGAACAGAAGAAGCUUGACUUGGUGCGCCGUGGGUCCUAUGGCACCGACCUGCUGGGAAACACCCUCAUGAUUGGGCUCCGGGCCCUCGACCCGCUGCUGCAACGACACCUCCUGCUGCACUCGCCGCUCCCGCAGCUGGCGGCGAAGCUGGGCCUCGCUGCACCUCGAGCACCCGUCUCGGGCGGUGCUGUCUUGUCCGCCACGGGCUUGACGCCCUUCCAGACCGUCAUCUGGGCCAUGUCCAUCGGGUCGGCCGCGAAGCACAUCUUCUGGAAGGCCGUCAUCGCCAAGGAGACCGUGUACCCGGGCGCGGCGGUCGCCAUCAGCGUCUUCAACACCGUCUUCAACACCCUCAACACCCUCCUGUACAACGCCUCGGCCGAAAACCCGACGUACUUGCCGCCCUGGAGCGUAUACGUCGGCGCGGCCCUGUUCGCGGGCGGCGUGCUGGGCGAGACCGUAUCCGAAGUCCAGCGUCUCAAAUUCAAGAACGAUCCCAAGAACGACGGCAAGAUCUACACCGGCGGCCUGUUCUCCGUCGUCCGUCAUGUCUCGUACCUGGGCUACUCGAUGUGGCGCGCUGGAUACGCGCUGGCGGCGGGAGGUCCGCUGUGGGGUGUCUUCAUCGGCGGCUGGUUCCUCUGGGACUUUGGCACACGGGCAAUUCCUGUCCUGGACGAGUACAUGGCAAGCAAAUACGGCGAGCAAUGGGCCAAGGUCAAGAGGGACGUCCCCUAUGCUCUGAUCCCGGGGGUCUGGUGA